AGUCUUUUUAGCUGCUACAUCACGCGUUUGGCUCAUUGGGUUAAACCCUUGUGUUGCUCCAACCCAAAUCUUACUCAUCCUUUCCUUGUAUCUUUUGAUUUUUGCACAUUGUUUCAAUGUUUUUCCAUCUAUUUCACAAAUUUUCAUCCUGAGGCGGUUUGUGCCCAGUGGCACAACUCCCCCGAGGUUUUAUUUCUCAGUGUUGCUGACUUGCCUCACAAGCUUGGUGUCAUUUGUGAUUUUAAUUAGCACUCCCUUUAAAUUGUUACCCAUCAUGUAUCUCAAUCCUAGUUGAUGAGUUUUCAGGAUUCACCUGUUUGCCAUCCAUUCCAAAAUGCUCUGUUUGCUCCAGAAGUUCUCUUAGGGUGCUUGAUCUGUUACCCAUCCAUCGAAUAGUUGAGUCUAUCUGAUCUCUUUACAACAAGGCUCUUUUGCAGCUAUAUCAGAUUUUUGAAAUCAAGUUAUACUAUAUUCCUGAUGUACCCUUUAUCUAUCGGCUGUGUGGUUUUACUGGUGGGGGUGGGAAGGUAAACUUUUGGUCCCUAAUUCUGGAUAAUCUGCUGCUGCCCCAAAUAAAUGAAUUGUUUUCUUGCUGUCCAUCAAAGGAUUGCUUAAUCAUUUCUUCUGCCUCUCCCGACCUGCCUCUUAAAGAUGGGAACAAUAUUUGGACAUUUUAAUUGUCUCAAUUCCUCAUCUAUUCCUACCAGAGUCUCCUAAGAUUGCAGCCGGCAGGUAGAAGUAAUCUGUCUAAAUGAUUAAUCUUUUUCUCUCUUUUUUAAUAUACUUCAAAGAACAUAACUGUAUUUCCAGGAAAACAAAAACAAAGCACUUUGUCUGAUUUUGUCAAGACAGUUCCCUGUUAGAAAUCGGGUGGAGAAGAAUAAAUCAUUGCAUUCCUGCACCCCCCCCACACACACUCCAUCCAAGAAAUGUAGUAAAUAAGGAAACAUGGAGGCUGAGAGAAAACGUUCCUUCUGCAGAAAAGAGCCAGGAGGUUCUGGGAUCCAUGAAGCUCUUCAGAAAGGUGGGGAUGGGAUGGAGCAGCUGGCCCAGACUGGAAGGUCUUCCAGCUUCACCAGCUUCCCUUUCAUGUUGCCCAUUGGGUGGCAUCUGUGCCCUGAGGGCAUUUCAGCAUCUCUGAGGGCCUCAGUCCCUCUGCCUGACAAGCUGGUGAAGCUGGGAGACCUGGAGGACAGUCAUCUCCUAAAAUAGAAAGAUCUUUCCUCCUUCCCUUCCUCCUUCUCUCCACAUUCACAUCAUAACUGAAUUUUUAAAGGUUUAGUUCCUCAUUUCAUGCAUUCAAGACUGCCUGACAUCUGGAGAGCCCAAGGGUCCUUGCUCCUUCCUGGCACGGAGGCAGGGAGAUGUUUUGGGUCAAGAUUGCCGGGAGCAGCCUUCCCCAGCUGUGGCCACUUAUUUAUUAUUUUUAUUUAUAUAUUCAACGUAUGUGCCAGCCAUCUCACUCUGCCAGACAACUCUGGGCAGCUUACCAUUAAAUAUAAAAAUAAUAAGAAACAUUAAGGGCAGAGACAAGUAGCCAAGAGAAGAUUGCUAUGGCAGUAGCCACGUCCAACACAGAGGACCCCGUCAGGACCCCAUGACUGAGCCAGGUUUUAAUGCCCUUCUGGAGGGCCAAAGGGAUGGGACAGGCUUCCUUUCCAGGGGCAACAUCUUCCAGAGAACGGGGGCCACACCAGAAAAGGCUCCCUUCAUAGGUCCUUCGUCUUGCAUAGCAGAUUCCUGAUCCAAAGUCCUUUUGUUUUGAUCGUUCCCAAAAAGAAGCACCUGAGUUUCGGCUUCCUGGUGGUUUUUAGCCUCACCUAGGUUUUUUCUCCCCAGCAAAUAGCGGGGAGGUGGUGGGCCCGUUCUGGAAACCCUUUCAGCCAGUCUCAUUAGACUAAUUUGAUCUGACAUUCCAGAAUUUCUAGCAGAUGGCGAGGGAGGUCCAAUUGCCACCGACUGUAGCCUUGCUUGGCAGGCCCAGGAAUAUGCAAAGCAUCCCUGCAAUUAACCUCUGGGAGGGCAGCUCUCCGCUCUGGCUGAGCCCAGAAAUGACUGGAACAAACUGGGGGUGUCUGUCCUGGACACGAUUUGUCCUCCCUCCCUUUGUCAAGGAUCCACAGGGGUGCAAGAGCGGGGGGGAGGGGUGCCCAUCUCAUCCACUACUUCUUUGGCCAGGAGCCCCAUCUGGACCAGGGCAGGGGGCUCAGGUGGAGGGGGCUGAGCAGACCAGCCCUUUGAAAACCCCACGGACAGGAGUAUGUGUGUGUGUGUGUGUUUGUGUGGAGAGUUGGGGGAUUUUCUGCAAGACUGAACUGAAAGGACUUUGCUAUCGAUUGCCAACCUUUUUUUCCUCCCUUCUAAAGUUUCUACACCCCAAAUUUAGUGACAGGAUUCGGGGCGUGUGGGUGUCCAUGCAAUUGACUUUAAGGAAGUCCCAAGGCAAAAGGAAACGACUUCCCAGGACUCUCCCUUCCUCCAAGAUGUCACCUGUUGCACUACUGUGGUUUGUUGCACACCCAGCCAGAUGUUCAGACUGGAUUUGGUGUUUUUAUCCGCCUAUCGAGUCCUUCCCAGGGACCUGGGAAAAGCAGGUGGGGAUGUCUGAUGGUGUUCAAGGCCUCGUUGUAGGAUGCCAGCUGUUCCCAGUAAAGCUGCCUGCUGCAAUUGACUGAUGGUGGAUUUGUCGAUGGCGAUGCAAAAUACAUCGGCUGCUAUGUUGACAACACCCACCAAAGAGCCCUCCGCGGAGUGUCCUUCUUCGACUACAAAAAAAUGACAUUGUUCCGUUGCCAGGACAACUGCGCCGAACGGGGCUACCUGUACGCAGGGCUGGAGUUUGGGGCAGAGUGCUACUGUGGGCACAAGAUCCUGGCCGUGAACGUGAGCGACACCGAGUGCAACAUGGAGUGCAAAGGAGAGAAGAGCAGCUUUUGUGGGGGAGCAAACCGGCUGUCCAUCUACCGCUUGGAGCUGGCACAGGAGUCCACCAGGAGGUAUGGCAGUGCCAUCUUCCGCGGCUGUUUCCGUCGCCCAGAGAACCUCUCCUUGGCUCUGUUGACAAGCAGGACCAUGAGGAACAUGUCUGUGGACCGAUGCGUUGACCUCUGCACAGGAAAGGAAUACCCUCUGGCAGCUCUGGCUGGCACCUUCUGCCACUGCGGUUUCCCCACCACUCUUUUCUCCUUGCAUGAACGAGAAGGCGAGCAUCUUUGCGCCCAGAGAUGCAGCGGGGAGGAGUUCGAAAGCUGCGGCACUUCAGACUAUUUCAUUGUAUAUCAGACCCAAGUGCAAGACAACCGAUGUAUGGAUCGGAGGUUUCUCACCACGCGAGCCAAACAGUUGGUCGCCCUCGCCAGCUUUCCUGGAGCUGGCAACACCUGGGCACGCCACCUCAUUGAACUGGCCACGGGCUUCUAUACUGGGAGUUAUUAUUUCGAUGGCUCUCUUUAUAAUAAAGGGUUCAAAGGCGAGCGGGAUCACUGGCGCAGUGGGCGGACGAUAUGCAUCAAAACCCACGAGAGCGGGCAGAAGGAGAUCGAAGCCUUCGACUCGGCCAUCCUCCUGGUCCGCAACCCCUACAAAGCGCUGAUGGCGGAGUUCAACCGGAAGUACGGGGGCCACAUUGGCUUUGCUUCUCAGGCCCACUGGAAGGGGAAGGAAUGGCCAGAGUUUGUCAAGAAUUAUGCUCCGUGGUGGGUGACGCACACCCUCGACUGGCUGAAGUUUGGCAAGGAGGUCGUGGUGGUUCAUUUUGAGGACCUCAAGAAAGAUCUCUUUGUCCAGCUCAAGAGGAUGGUCAGCCUGCUGGGGGCCGCAGUUCACGAAGACCGCUUGUUGUGCGUCGAGGGACAGAAGGACGGAAACUUCAAGCGGUCAGGGCUGAGGAAGCUGGAGUAUGACCCCUACACUCCAGAGAUGAAGAAAAUGAUCAACGGCUACAUCAAAACGGUGGACAUGGCUCUGAAACUCAGGAACCUGACAGGUGUCCCAAAGGACUAUUAUCCCAGAUGAUGGGCAAUGGCUGGGGCAGAGGAACUGAUCUCCUUAGGAGGUGCCAACUGGCUUCUUGCUGGCCAGGAACCAUUUCCACCCAGUGGGUGGUGUGGGAGGACUCACCCUGCCGGUGCUUGCUUUUAAAGAACCCUUCUGCAUGAGCAAAGAUGGCGAUUGUCAUGAUUGACUGAAGAUGUUUUGGCCAGCCUGUCUCCAGAAAGUGAGGUCCAUGGGUGGGAGGUUUUGCUGCUGCUGUUGCUGCUUCUGCUGCUGCUUUUUUUCUAGGGGUUUUGUGUUCCUUCCUGCCCAAGUAAGACCACUCUGCUCUUCCUUAGCUGGUUGCCUUCUUGAACCCAGUUUGAAAUAAGUAAUUUAGUUAAAAUCUCACAAUGUGGUUGCCUUCCUUGGUUCUGCUGACCCCAGAAGAAUGCUCUGUUGUUGAAUCCUGGACUUUUAGACCUGAUUUACUGUCAAAGGCUGGUCAGGAUGGAUUAACUGACCAGUGCUGAGCUUUGUGCUAGCAAUAUAAUUUCUGCAUCUUCUUUCGUGGGGCAACCUCAAAGCCGCUGGACUCCAUCUGAACGAUCCUCAGGUCAAAUGCUGCCCAUUAAACCAACAUUUUGUUAAUAUC